UUGUUUGUCAGGCUGCCACAGUUUGCUGUGGGUGAAAGUCCACUGUAGAUUACAAACACACCGCAUUGGGAUUUUUUUUUUACACCGAACACCGUAUCUUCAAGGAAUCCCCCCAUAAUUUCAGAUGGAACCUGCAGCAAGGAGAUGAGCCAGCUGGUUCAGGCUUCAGCACAGAGCGAGAGAGACUUCCAGUGUCUGUUGGCGUGUAUGUGCUAGAGAGUAUAUAUGUAUGUGUGUGUGUGUCUGCCGAGAGGAGAGAAGACUGCCUUCCAGCAGUGUGUGUGGGGGCAAUUGUGUUUCUUUGCUUGAGCUGGUGUGAGUGUGUGAGUUCUUUACUCCGAAUAGUAGAAGAAUGGCAGCUCGCUAGUGUGUGUUUAUGUGAAUGCAUGUGCAUGAGUGUGUGUUUUCCUGAGUGAGAGUGUGUUGUUUCCACCUCUCUGAGGAGUACUAGGAGGGCAGCUCUCUCCCCCUGGCUGGGUGUGUGUGUGGAGAUGGCAGUGUGUGUAUGUACUACCCUGCCCGCACUGCUCCUGCUCCUGAGCUGCGGUGUGUGUGUGACGGUGGGAUACCCAUUCAGACCCCCCAUAGACCUGGAUGUCACCCCCAGAAUCACCAUAACUACCAGCGGUCUGUUGGGCUGCAGACGUUUCCAGUCCUCAGUAGUGAACUACAGUACUCUGCUACUAGAGGAGGACAAGGGUCUUCUCUAUGUGGGGGCCCGGGGGGCCGCGUUCUCUCUCAACGCCACAGACAUCUCAGACAGCACAGCUCGCACUAUUGAAUGGGAAGCCUCGACGGUGCAAAAACAGCAGUGUCUGAGCAAAGGGAAAGACAAUAAGACAGAGUGUUAUAACCACAUCAGGUUUCUCCAGAGAUUUAACUCAACUCAUCUCUACAUGUGUGGGACUUACGCCUUCAGACCUCUCUGUGCAUACAUAGAUGAGGGGAGGUUUAAAGUAUCGUCUGAGUUUGAGGAGGGCCGAGAGAAGUGUCCAUAUGGACCUGCUACAGGCUACACUGGCCUCAUCGUAGACCAGCAGAUGUACACAGCGUCUCAGUAUGAGUUCCGGGGCUUCCCGGAUGUCCGACGUAACUUCCCCUCCCCCACAGUGAGGACAGAGGAGGCACCCACACGCUGGUUACAUGAGGCUGACUUUGUGGGCAGUGCCCUGGUGAGGGAGAGUGAGGGCAGUACCACCGGAGAUGACGAUAAAAUCUAUUACUUCUUUACUGAGAAGAGCCAGGAGCAGACACCAUACUACAGCCACAUUAGAGUGGCACGGGUUGGACGAGUCUGUAAGGGAGACAGAGGAGGUCUUUUGACCCUCCAGAAGAGGUGGACAUCGUUCCUGAAGGCCAGACUGGUGUGUUCCCUGCCGGAAUAUGACUUCCACUUCAACGUGUUGAGGAGUGUGUACACGCUGUCGGGGGACACACCUCACGACACGCUGUUCUACGGCGUCUUUGGUCUCGAGUGGAAGAACGUGAAGGCGUCGGCAGUGUGCCAGUUUUCUCUGUCUGAGCUCCAGCGGGUCUUUGAUGGGCCCUACAUAGAGAACCAGGACUCUGGAGCCAAAUGGAGCGAGUACACUGGCAAGGUCCCUGACCCACGACCUGGAUCAUGUAUAACAGACCAGUUGAGAUCUAGAGGUAUCAACUCCUCCACCUCCUUGCCAGACGACGUGUUGAACUUUGUGAGGAGACACCCUCUGAUGUCCCAGCAAGUCAUGUCUACAGAGCAGCGCCCCCUGUUGUUCAGGAGGACCACAGACUACACCCAGCUGGCGGCUCACAGGGUGGAGGGGCUGGACGGGCAGAACUACCAUGUUCUGUUCAUGGGCACAGACGAUGGCUGGCUGCACAGGGCUGUGGAGGUCAAGGGCCAUCUACACAUCAUAGAGGAGCUACAGCUGUUUGACCAACCACAGCCUGUGGAUAGCCUGGUCAUCUCACACACACAGAUGAGUGUGUAUGUAGGUUCUCCCUCUUGUGUGGUCCAGCUGCCUCUCUCCACCUGUAGCAGGUACACCUCCUGUUACGACUGUGUCUUCUCCCGGGACCCUUACUGUGGCUGGGAUGGACAGGACUGUGUGGACAUCACAGCACAGACUGACAGGUCUAACCUGAGUCAGGACGUCCUGUAUGGGAACAGAGGAUGUGACAGCGACACAGCAGACGAGCUAGUCCAGCACCGGAGCCGGUCUGUGAUGGUGGGAGAUGACGUGCUGCUCCAGUGUGAACUCGGCUCCAACCUGGCAACCCCAGUGUGGACUCUGGGUGGGUCAGAGCUGCAGGGCUACGGCCUGGACUCCGGCUUCAGAGUGGGAAAUGAUGGCCUCCUGGUCAUUGAGUCCCGACCUGAGCAGAGCGGCGAGUACACCUGCCACGCCCUUGAGAAUGGCAUCCGGGUCGCCGUGGUUACGUACUCUGUGACAGUUCGUUUAGACAUGCCCCAACCCCCUCCCCCGCCCAUGGACCCCACCAAGGAAGACUACUCCUACUACACCCCCGGGACUCUGACUCAUCCAGCCUUGACCCCCUCCUCCACCCAGGGCACCCCCUCCUCAGAGAGGCCCCUGCUACCCCCUCCCCCGGCCCAUCUCCCCCCACCUCGGAGCUGCUCUCCCCCAGGAGCAUGGAGGCUAUGUACCUGUCCAUGAUCACCAUCCUAGGGGGUCUGUGUCUGGUUCUCACAGUGGUUCUCCUCUACGUGGGCUUCUGUCUUCGGGGCGGCCACAGGGGGAAGUACUCUCUCCGCGCUGCCGCCGCUGCCUCUGCCAAUCACACGAACAGGAAGAAAAAACA